AUGAUGAAAUUACGACGACGACGGCCUCUUUCUGUAUAUAAUGCUAGUCCUAAUUCAAAUAGUCAAAAUUCUCUAUCAAAUCAACCAUUACGUAAACGUCAACGAAAAGUUUCUAUUCAAUCAAUAACAGAUCAUGAAGAAAAUGAUAGUGAAACAGAAAAUCGCUCACCAUUCUUUACUUCUGAUGAAUCCGAUGAUGAUGAUGAUCGUAGUAGUGGUAUUCAAACUCGAUCUACAACAUAUUUUAAACGAAACAAAAAUGAAAGUAGUAACAAUGAAUCAGAAGAAGAAGAAGAAGACGAAACAAAUGAAUCUCAAUCUGAAGAAGAAGAGGAAGGAGAAGAAGACACAGUUGUUAAACAUUCAAAUACAAGAAUGGUUACUCGACAAAUGUCACUGAUUAUGAAUAUUCAAAUGAAACCUAAACCAAACGUUAAAGUCCAACCAUUUGUUGAUCAUACUGAAGAUACAUUAAGUGAAAAUGGAGAUAAUCAACCAUGUACACGUCUUCGUUCAAAACGUUUAAAUAAUGAUCAAUAUAAAAUAAAUAAUGGUGCACAAUUUUUUAUUCGAAUAACUCCUAUAGAUGAUGAUGAUACAUCACAACCAGCAGCUUUUUCUUCAAUAAAAAAAGAAAUUUUUUAUCAUUAUACAACACCUGAACGUCCAGAUGAUGCUGAUAUUGAUUAUGAACAAUUAGUUAAUCGAACACGUAUUAAACCAGCAUCAAUGGAUCAAUGUAAUCAAGGACAAUUAUUACCUGAUGAAAGUAUUGAUAAUGGAAAUAAUACACGACCAACUGAACUUAUACCAUAUUUACUUCAACUUGAACAAAGUCUUAUGCCUGUAUUACCAAUUAUUAAACAAAAAAAAAAAUCAGCAAAAUUUGGUAAUGUUAUUUACCAACGUCGUUUUCAAGUAUUACUUGAUUAUUUAUAUAGUUCUCAACGUUGUUCACAAAUAUCUGAACUUAUUCGUUUACAUCUUCGUUCAAGACUUGUACUUAAUACACUUUUUCUUACAGUUAAUUUAUUUGAUCGUGCUAUUUUAACUGGUCAAUUACCACGUGAAUGUUAUUCAGAUGGAAAUCCUCAUUUAUUACUUACUUGUUUACUUAUUGCUGGCAAAUUCGAAGAAGUUGAAUGGCCAAGUAUUAGUUCAUUGAUUGCUAAUCGUGAAUCAUUAGAAGCACGUGAUAUAAAAUCACUUGAAAUUAUUGUACUUCAAUCACUUUCAUUUGAUAUUGGUUUAACUGUAUUAGAUUUUGUUUAUCGAUAUUGUGAAAUAUCACCAAUGGAUAAAUCAAAUGAUGAUCUUCGUCUUUUAUUUUUUAUUUUACAACUUUUAUUAAUUGAUCCUCAUACAUUUAUUGCACAUAAAUCAUCAUAUAUAGCUGCUUGUUCAUAUGCACUUGUACGACAUUUAAAACAAUAUGAAGUUACAUGGCCUCGUCGUUUAGCUCGUUCAACUGGUUAUGAUCCAGCUGAAAUAGCAUAUGGUGUAACAAAAGUAGCUGCACAAUGUUUACGUGCUUUAUCAUCAAAUGAACAACAAGAACUAAUACAUCGAGAUUUAAUGCAUAAAUAUGCUAAAGGUCCAGCUGCACAAUUAAUUAAAUAUGAACAAGCAUUGAAUGAUCUUAUUCAACCAGCAUCAGAUGAAAAUCAAUAA